GUGCUAGGAGCAUGAUAUUCACCAUGGUCAACUUAUUUUGAUGAACAAGUAGCAUGAUUUUUCCUCGUGGAAAUUCAACUGAACGUGGCGAGACGACAGUAAAUUAAUCUUUCCUAAACGUUUACGUCUGCACGCGCACUCAGACCGCCCAAGAUGCAGAUCUUCGUCAAAACCCUCACGGGUAAGACCAUUACCCUAGAGGUCGAACCCUCGGAUACGAUCGAGAAUGUAAAGGCGAAGAUCCAGGACAAGGAGGGCAUUCCGCCGGACCAGCAGCGUCUGAUCUUCGCCGGCAAGCAGCUGGAGGACGGACGCACGCUGUCCGACUACAACAUUCAGAAGGAGUCGACCCUCCAUCUGGUGCUGCGCCUGCGUGGUGGUGCCAAGAAGCGCAAGAAGAAGAACUACUCCACCCCGAAGAAGAUCAAGCACAAGAGGAAGAAGGUCAAACUUGCUGUCCUCAAGUACUACAAGGUUGACGAGAAUGGAAAGAUCCACCGUCUGCGUCGUGAGUGCACCAGCGAAUCGUGCGGUGCCGGCGUGUUCAUGGCCGCCCACGAAGAUCGCCACUACUGCGGCAAGUGCCACCUGACGCUUGUCUACUCGAAGCAGGAGGAGAAGUAAAAAAGAGGGUUGAUGGAUAUGCGAUUAAGUUGUAUUAUUGUUUCUACCAUACCCAUUGGAAGAUCUGGAGUUUAAUGGUCCAACUUCAGCGCGACAUGAUUGAUCGGGGAAAUAAACGUUAAUACAGCCAUCGCUCUGUAUUAAAUCUGAAAUAAACUUGU